AUGGCAUAUAGGAAGGUGUGUGACGCGCAGGGCGGUCCACUUGUUGGUGAGGUUCUCCACUGCUCUGGAGAUCUGGACCUUGACUGGGAUCUUGACAAGGAAGAGGAGCUACAGGAAUCAGGACCGAGCAUGGACCGCAUGCAGAUGCAACAUGUGGACUGCCAGAGAUCUGGAUGUUCAGACCCUGGCCCGGACCCUGACCCUGAACUGAUGGAACCGAUUCAGCCAUCGGUCUCAGUUUCACCACAUGGGCGAUUUGAACGACUCCAGGAAGAUCCCAACUACAUCUCCCACUUCACCAGGGCUCCUGGCCAUAAAGGCCAAAGGCGACUCCACUGUUUCCUCCUCAGAUACUUCCUGGCAGGCGUUGGGCUUUUUGUCCUGGGUAUCUUGAUUGGCUGGUUCAGUCACACAUCUAGAGUCAAACCACCGAUCCCUCCACUCGACAGCUCCGACCUGCUGGAGGAGCUGCUGAGAGGGAUCACAGCUGACAAGAUAGAUGCCCUUCAAAGGUCUUUCUCCACCUUGUCAGAUGACAGUGAGGAAUCCAGAGCCAGAUACCUCUACAGGCAGUGGGUGGGACUUGGUUUGACUGAUGUCCACCUCUCCAAUCAUACAGUUCUGCUCAGCCUGCCUGGUUCCACACCCAACACCAUCACCGACAGGUCUAGUCACCAGUGUUUCCUGCCAAACGGGCUCCCCUGUGACCAGCGUGGACCAAAUGACAUACCGAAGCAGCAGUUCUCCUACGCCGCCUACUCCGCCGUGGGAAGUGUGCAGGGGGAGGUGGUGGAUGUCCAGUACGGCAGUGUGGAUGACCUUAGGAGAGCCAAAGACACCCUGAACCUCACCAACCAGAUUGCAGUGGUCAAGCUGGGCCAAGCGCCUUUACUAUACAAGCUUUCCCUGCUGUCUGAGUUGGGUUUUGGAGGUGCUCUCCUUUACAUUGACCCCUGUGACGCUCCCCCUGGACGACACACCUGGCGUCAAGCCUUUAGAGUCAAUCUAAACCCUGGAGGAAACCCCGCCACUGCUGGAUUGUCAAAAGAGGCUGGACGUGGUCUGACAUCUCUGUUGGUUCAACCCAUCUCUGCCCUCCUGGCCAAGACAUUAUUGGGAUCCUCACCCACAGGGCAGGGAGACUCCUGUCUUCCUCUGGCCAUGCCUCCCAACACAGAGCGGAAGAAGAUAACGCUGACUGUUGGAAACCAAUUGUCCUUCAAGAAGAUUUACAAUGUUGUGGGAUACCUGAAAGGAAGGAGGAAUCCAGAUCGCUACGUGCUGGUUGGCAGUCGCCAUGACAGCGACCAGGGGAGUGGGACUUCAGCCAUUAUGAAUCAGCUCAUUGCGGCGCUAACCGAGCAGACCAAGCGAGGAUGGGUGCCGGACCGUACCACUGUGUUUUGCUCGUGGGGAGGCUCAGCCCUGGGGAACAUUGGAUCCUAUGAGUGGGGAAAGGAUAACAGUGUUGUCCUACAGAGCAGUGCAGUGGCCUACGUCAGUCUGAACGCUCCAGUCAGGGGGACCGAGACCCUCCGAGCCACGGCCUCGCCGACGCUGCUGCAGCUCACUUCGGACAUACAGAGGAGGCAGUUGCUGAGUUGCAUUCGUGGCGGAAACUGCCCUGGACCCAAUGUCAGCUCGCUGCAGUUGCCUGGAGAUGUGAAUUUCUUUGCCAACCAACUGGCCGUGCCCACUAUGGAGUUCGCCUUUGAGCAGACUAAAGCAGAAGAGACCACCAGUUUUCUGUCAGAGGCACAGUUUUCUGCAGAGUCACCAGAAACCCUGGAUCCACUGUUCAAGUUCCACGAGACCAUUGCUAAGAUGACAGCAGAAGCCAUUCUCCGCCUGGUCAAUGAUCCCGUACUGCCUUUCUACCCUCUGGACAUUGCUCUGGAUGUUCAAAACAAACUGAAAGACAAGACUGCAGCGUCUUCGCCCCUGCUGUCCUCAGCCUCGUCUCUCAGAGACCACGCGGCUUUCUUCCAGUCCGAAAUAAUGCGGCCAGCGAAUGACCCGAAGGAGCGCGACCGCUCCCACGUGCGGAUGCUGAAUGAUGUACUCCGUGACCUGGAGAAGAGCUUCGUCAUCCCACAGACGCCGCCCGGAGUGUACAGGAAUCUGUUGUACAGCCUUCCGGGAAAGACAGCUCAGUUUUCCAUCCUCAAGUUCUCUCAGGAUGCUGUCCUGCACUGCAACACCACCAGCAAAGUCAUCAAAUACAACUCCGCAAACAAGGAAGUACUUUGCUACAGCACCAUGAACCAGUCCCUGUCUCUCAUCCUUAGGGCCAUCAGGUCAGCUGAGAGGCUAGUGUGUUUCGGUUUGGACCUGUUUGAAAAUUACCCAAGUGACGCGAAGAAAUGACUUGGAACCAACACAACUGCCACAGAUCAAGUUUACAAAGUUCAACCCAUUGGAAGCGUUAAAACACAACCGACCCUCAGAACAACCUCGUCCAAUCUGACUCUUGGCACAACAGUCCUGGAAAGCUUGAUAAUCGAAUCCCGGAGUGAGCAUUAACACUGCUUAACAGAAAAUACCUUUAAACUCACAUUUACCGUUUGAUUCAGCACCUCCCCUAUAACCAUUAUUGAAGGAUAACAACAUGCAGUCCACAGUAUUGAGAGAAAUUUCACACACUAAUCGCAUAAUUUUCAUAUCAAGGGAGGUAUAAAAAAAAAAAUGAAAAUAUAUUUGUGAAUUUGUGAUUAAUGAAUGUAUUGAAACUAAUUUGUUUCACACUAGCGUUUAAAUAUGCAAAUAAUAUGGUUACAGUAGGGUCAUUUAAAUUGCACUAAACUUUCUAACAGUGAAAGCUGAGAAGCACAGGAGGUUUUGAGGAAAAAAAAAAACCUUGUCCAUUUUGAAAUAAUUCCCAAUGAUUUGCAGUUAGAUUUACAAUACAUUCACAUUUGAAUUCAGUUUUUUUACGUGUAAGCAUGGUAGAGAAUGUUUGGGUACACAUUUAGAAAGUAGUGGAAAGUUCUUGGACGUUAACACUGUUUGUGGCAAUGUUGCCUACGUUGUUUUUAACUAUCAAUGAGGGCACUAGUUUCAGAAUGGCUAAAGUUCCUUGAGUGAGAUACAGGUUAAAAUAUGUAUGUAUGUUUUUUUUUCUUCAGAUAAAUAAUAAUAUUAUCUCACCUGUCAAAGGUAAAAUUUGAAUUCCUGGUAAAAGACAAGAGUCUUGCAAUAAGCCAUUGUACAACGAGCUGACCCAGCAUCACCCAUUAGCUCUUCAAAAAUCAUAGUAAGCCAUGAUAUGUUUCCAGAAUUUUAGACUUGCAGCACAUGAACUAAACUGGGAAGGCAGACCUUAGACUCGGUUAAAUCAAAAAAUCUUCGGACUCAACCUCCAAACCUCGGAGGUCGUAUGUUAUUCAAAAUACAGUAUGUCGCACUCAGCUCAUUAUUAUUGUGCUGGGUCCACCCCACAGAGCUAGCUUGGCCUGUUUUUAGGGACGUAUUGAUCGGCCAGUCGGAGUUCCAAUCUGAUCUUAAAUACAUAAAAUGUCCUCUCAUGCUUUUCUUCUGGAGUAGCACUGUCAGUACUGUCUAGAGUACCGUUAAUGUAGCAAGGACAAUGGAGCUCAUACCUUGGCUCCAGAAGCUCAGACAAAUGGUGAAAAGCUGUGUUCUCCACUCAGGCCAUCUAACAGCAUUUCUGCCCUCACAUUGUUUCUAGAAAACAUUUUCAAAUGUAGCCAUCAGAGCUUGUCGUUGUUCCAGUGCUGCAUUUGCCUGAGUAAACCCGGCGUAUUGUGUUUUCUUUUUUUUUAUUAUUAUUUUAUUCUUUAAAUUACUUCCACACAGGAGACAUUCUUAGCCACGUGCUAGCUUUGCUGCUAGCCGACCGCAGCUAAAACAAAAGAAGUGGCUGUCUUCUUCGUUUUUUUUUGGCAGCUUUGCUGCUAGCCAGCUGCCAUUGAAACAUAAGAGGGCUAAGACGCUUUGACGCUACAUGGGCACGGUUUUGUUUUAUGGCAAGAAAAGAUUAUAUAAUGUAAGGCUUGGUAAGCCAUUUUAAAAAUGCCUGGAUCUGCCCUGAUACUGUGAGUGGGACAUCCUCACUUGUUUAUUCUUGAAAGUUGAACCAGCUUCAGCCAACUUUAGUUGCUUUUAAGUCAAAGCAAUCAUGUAUGCUUCCCAAUGAGCACACAUGGAGUAAUGGGCAGGGGUGCAGCGUGCCUGGGGAUCAUCAGUGUUUGGAACUUCCACUUUAGCCUAAUUUUUCAGCUCUUGUGGUUACCACUUGGUUGGGACUUGCAGCAUAAUCAACAAAAAAGUACUAUUUCCAUGUUACCCGUCACUGCAGAGAUCCGGGUUCAGCGGUUGGUUAGCGGCGAUUGGAACCCCCAAACAACACCACAGUAACUGGCACUACGAGCGGAAGGGAGUUUGGUCGGGGGGUGUGUCCUUGCACUAGUUUAUCCUGCUGGUAAAGCUGGUACGACUCCUCAGGUAAAAGGGAGCAGUUGGCGACACCGUAUGCUUUGCAGGAGGCAUGGCACGAGCCAAGUAAAGAAGGCUGGCAGGGACAGACAUCAACGGUAGAAAUAUGGCAGAGAAGGGGGGUGUACAAAAGAAGGGAAGGCUAAAGGCAAACACACAUGGUGAAAAUGUGGAAUAAGGCCAUUGUUAAAGACAGAAGUCGUCAUUUAAAGCUUUUUAUUUGUCUGAAUCAGCCAGUCUUUGAAAACAGCCAUUCUGUUUGGACACUCAGAAACCCAGUCCUGUGUAGCAUUCAUAACUACCCCACAGAGGGGAAAAUGCAGAAAAAUGUGAACGCCUCAGUAAACUCAAGUGAAGUUUAACAGCAGACCGAGCUUCACCACACAUAGUAACGCCAGCUGGAUGCAUUUACAACGAUUAUGCCCUGUUUGACAAUUGCUUUCUAUCUCCAUUUGUCAUUCUCUCCCAUUUUCUCAAUGUCUGCUGCACACUGCAAACUCUUAAUGUGUUUUAAGUGGCAAGAGUUAGUGUUAUCUCUCUGCCCGCUCUUUAUUCUUCGCACAUCCUCUCCCUCAUUAAUGCCACCACCCAGCAAUCUCUGUCGUUCCGCCGCUCGUGACGAGAGAUUUAGGAGACUGAGGCUGAUGUACAGCCUCUGCCCAAGCUUGAAUGGAGACCUGAGUAAUAAAUACAUUUGUCGUGAAAUGGUAUGCAAAAACGAAAACACGGUUGUUGUGGGGAAGAGCUACAAUGUGUGUCAGCAGCACUGGCAAUCCUUUAAAGAUUACAAGAACUGGGAGAUUCAAGAUCAAUAUAUAAGUAAAUGCAGCUUCAGGUUUCUUGUUUUGUUUUUUUUUUUUGUUUUUUUGUAGUUAGGCAUGACGUUUCCUAGAGUAGAGUGUGUGAUAAAAGCAACGAGUAAAGCACUAUUUUGUAGUAUGAGAAGAUUUUGUACCUUAACUUAUUUGUAAUAGUUUGGAUGUAAUAGAGCUUUUUUUUUUUGUUUUUAGCAUGAUGGGAGGGAGGGAGGAAUUUGGAAGGGCUUAGAUUUUGCAGCUUGUUAUCUGCUAUUACAUUAGACAUUUGUAUAGUUCAAACACACACCAGUCUGAGAAAUGAAUUAGGAUCCGGUAAAGACGCCAAUAGCAUUGUCUACAAUUGCUUCUUUGUUUGCCACAGGUAAACUGUUUUCUCUUGUGUUUAGCACUGACACAACAAAUCAACUUCUGGUCUGAAAAGUGGCUGUGUUUUUGAAUUUAUUACAACGCAGAUUUGAUACGCAAAAUUUUGUAAGGAAAACUGAUUAUUUAUAUUUAAUUGUCUAAACGUUUUAAGCUAAUCUUUUCAGGGAUGAAAACAAUAACACGUCCAACGCUUUAAAUCACGUGCCUUUUAUCAAUAAAGACGCUUUAAUUUAUAUUCGCAAAUGUUAAAUAAUAUACCAAAAAAAAAAAAUCAAUAGGCAGUCGGUGGGAUCUGAUAAAUUACCCACCGCAUUCAGACUGCACGGGAAGCAAGUUUCAGUGGUGCUAGGAUGGUUUUUAUGUCAUGGGAAAUAGACGAUAACCAACUGUCUCUGUGCACAGUCUAUAUGUAGCAUCAGCUUAACUUGCUGUAGGUGCGUUCACUGAUUGUGGGAAAGAAGCAAAAACACUCAAUUUUUGUAAAUGCAUGAGUAAGUACAGAUGAUAAUAAGUUUGUUGCCCAAUCUGAAUGUACCUUUUUUCAUAAAAAAAAGAAAUGUUUGAAUAAGAUGCCACAUAAUCAGCUACUGUAGGUAAGACGGGACUCUGGAAUAAUAUUACCUUGUCAUUCAUAUUCAAGUUCAGUCAGUUUAGAAAUAAGUCUAGAUGUUGAAAGGAUAUGCAUUCUUUACACACCAACUGGACACAUCAUUUGGCUACAGAGAUAAAAAUAAUGAACAAGGUGAUAUGAUAUGAUACGAUAUGAUACGAUAUGAUACGAUACGAUACGAUACGAUACGAUACGAUAUGCCUGGUAGUCUUAAAAUUUGACAUUUAGAAUGUUUACAACCAGUCCCUCCCUCCCCCAUUUGGAAAAACAAGAAUUGUCAGUUGAUUGGUCUUGGUUCACUUUGGUAAGUCAAUGUAUAGGUUAUUGUGAAUUGUCCCUGGUGUCAAUGCUGUCGGUGUGACGCAGACUGAACAUACUGUAAGCCUAAAGUAGGCCUGAAGUAGCUAACGUGCAGACUUUAAAGUUGUUUUUUUUUUUAACAGCCAUCAUUUAACAAUGAGAUAGUUUGCUGCACCCAUGCGUGGCCCUGAUGUGCAACAGUAUGACCAGUCUGCCUCACAACAUCGUCUCUUAUGCGUGUGUUUUGGACUUUUGUUUGGUGGUUGCAUGAGCCGUGCAGAAAGUCAUUAUUACUCACUCAAUAUUUCACCGGUUAUUGUUCUAUUACUGCUUAUGUUACAGUGUUGUACAUAAUGAUCUACGGUGAUCCUCUUAACAUUAAUACUUAGAAGGGUAGAGGCCUAACGACGGUAAGAAGGGUAAAACGUAACAUUACAUAAAUGUGAUUGACUGCAGUACAGAAUGCGUGAUUGCACAACCCGGGCUACGCACUACCUCUGAAGAGGUCUCGACUCACAGGUUCAAAAACACUUGGACUGUUUGAACCAUGAGCUGUCCACUGUGUACAGUAUUUAUUAGAACAUGUGGACUGUUGGUCAGGUUGACCCGAUAUGCAAUGUUACAUAUAUUUUUAGUAAAAUUAGCCAAUACUGGAAACUGCUGUAUUGUAGAAUUUGCACAAAAUUGUGAAUGUUCUUUUGAAUGUUUUUCUUUUUCCAAUUAGUUCUCCAAACCUUUGCAUUUAUCCAGGUCUACCGCACUCGGUCUAUGUUUUUUUUCUGAAUUGAGCCUUUGAAAAUUAUUUAAAAUGUUGAAUUGAUUCAAUUUGUUUGAAAACGUGUGAAGUUUUAAGUAGGCGUAAGUUAGACGUAUGUUAACUGAAUACUGUUAUUAUUUGGCCUGGUUUCUGUGUGCAUGACAAUAACACCACUAUCUUACUAUUUCUCUAGCAUGAUUUCAUUUUUUCGUCUUCUCCACUGUUCAGGUCUUGUUGAAUUCUUAAUGCAAUAAAAACUGUUUUAAGACUCU